AUGGACUUCAUUCUGUUUGACAACUUGCCACAGGGGCUGAGCUCGUGGAAACGGAAUUUGGGCGAUUGCCCACACCACGUUACCCGUGGAGAAGUCUGCUCCUUUGAUUGUGCCAAUUGUGUAGCAGCUGACGAUGUCUACACCUGCCCUAGACUCAGCCAGACCUUUGACGAUGGACCCACCCAGUUUACGCCAGCAUUGACCAGUCAGCUCCGCAGCAAGGCUACUUUUUUCACCAUUGGCGUUAACGUGGUUCGUUUCCCGCAGGUCUACAGAGAUACUGCCGAUAUGGGUCAUAUCAUGGGUUCUCAUACCUGGUCCCAUCCUUUUCUUCCCCUGCUCAGUAACGAGCAGAUAGUCGCCCAGCUUCAAUGGUCCAUUUGGGCCAUGAACGCCACGUACGGGCACUUACCUAAAUGGUUCAGACCGCCUUACGGAGGAAUCGAUAACAGAGUUCGUGCUAUAAUUCGUCAGUUUGGCAUGCAGCUGGUGCUUUGGGACUACGACACCAUGGACUGGCUGCUUGUGGCCGACGAAAGCAAGCACGACCGGGACGUGAUUAACGGGGUCUUGCUGUAUAAGCGGAACAACGGCGGACGAGGUCUUGUUUUGGAGCACGAUGCUACAAAAAGAACCGUGGAUGUUGGUGUGAAGAUCCACCGGGCCAUAGGCCUGAACCAGCUUACGGUGCCGCAGUGUGUGGGAGAAAUUGACUACAUCAAGACCUUCCCGAAGCCACACGGGUUUGGUGCUUUCGUCCCCACUUAG